AUGCACAUUGUUAGGCACGCUUGAAAUGUCAUAUCCUCCCCCUACCACACAUGGCUCCUCUGCCCUCGAUCUUGCCCUCUACUUCUCUACCUCUACCUACUGGGACUCAUCUUGGUACAUCACCCCCGAACUCCCCCCGCUGCUGAAAGACCAUCGUCCUCCUACAUAUUCAACAUCCUGGGAGACUCGCGGCCACUUGAAGAACAUCUUUGGCGGUAUCCUCUUUGCUGACCUCAGCAUAUGCUGGUACUCCGUCCAAUUUGACGCCGCUAAUCCUGGCGCAGAUCCGAACGACAUGAGCAUGGUCGAGCGCUCGGCCAAGUACCUGCCGCGCCCGGAUGCGAAGGACAAGGCUGCGCUGCUCGAGGCACACGAGAUGUACGGCGAGACGAUCGCGGCGUUCGCAGAAGGCUUCGACGGCACGGGGCAGUACUGCGCGCGCGGCGAGUGCUGGGACCUCGCGAACGAGGCGCUCAAGUACUUUGACCAGUUCGAUUAUGUGCCGAAGCCCGUGCCGAGCCUCUCGCGGACGCACGGCCACCUCAUCUUCUGCGGCAUGGCCGCGCAGAAUGGCGCACGUCUGGACGGCCGCUGGCGCGGCGGCGACGACCGCGUCCGCCGUGGCGACAUCGUCGAGUGGCGCUCCGCGCGUGUCGGCAUGCCCAACGGCGGCCAUGCGAUGCUGGGGGAUCCCGACCAUACAGCCGUUAUCGUCAAGGAUGCCGUGCCGAGUAAGUCUGUGCGUGACGGUGCCGUUGUCCUGCCCUCCGAGCUCGGAACGCUCGAGGUCAUUGAGCAGAGCGUCGGUAGCCCGCCUUCGCGUAUGCACUACGACCUCAACAUGUUCCAGGAGGGCGAGAUGUGGAUUUAUCGGCCGAUUGGAAUAGAAGCCUACGUCGGUUGUUUGCUCGCGCCUCAGUGCCCCGACAACGUUCAAGCCAUGACCAUCUGAUGUGUGUUGUCC